AUGGUAAGGUCAAAGGUCAAGUUUGGGUUUCCUUUGAUGUCAUAUACAAGCUGUAACCACUCCAAUCAGGUGUCAGAGUGUUUAUGUGCUGGAUGGUACGCUGCACGCAGUCAUUAUUUUAGAGCUGUGCUGAUUUUUUGAAGAAACUUUCCAUUUUUGGUUUAAUUCUUGCAGCAUCGUGUAAAUUUCUCCAGCUGCACUUUCACAUCUCUAUUUCUAGUGCUCUGAAAGACUAUGGGAGUAAAACAUCCUUCCUCUUUUCACAUCUUAGACGACCACCCAGUAGUCUGGAUAAUUUCCUAAUGGCCCUGCGGCUGAUAGCCAAUCAGAGAGGGUUCACAACGCCGUGUGACAGGAAAUUCAAUUAGGCUGCAUUUUCUCUCCAAUAUUUCUCCCUCUCUCUCUCUUUUUCUCUCCGUUGAUCUCACGCCUCCUCUUUUGCUUUCCCUUCCCUCGCUCGCCCUGGAUCUGUCGUGGGAGAGAGAGGGUUGCUUGGGGCGUUGUAUGUCAUCCAGGAAUACUAAAAACAGGCUGCUCUUAUUCCUCUUUAUGAAGGAAAAAUGAAAUCACAGGCUCUGUGUUCUGCGCAGAGAUUCCCUGAAUAAACAUUAAUCUUUUUUUCUUUGCAGGCUAAAUUUGAGCAUAUGAGGCUUCACAGUAUUAAAGAAUAAAUCCUGCAAUAACAGAAAUGUAACACAUAGUUUAAGAAUUUUUAUAAAGAUUUUAUGCUGAUGAGUAUAAUUCAAAGUAGCAGUUGGUAUGUUCUCAUCAGGUUGGUCAAAAGUAAGUCAAAGAUUGAGUUUCCCCAUCAAACAAUUAAUAAAUCACUCUUAAGGGUUUCUGUAACUGUUUAUUUUGACUGGUCUUGGUCUGCGACUCAAAGUUAAAAAUUUAGUGUCUCCAUGAUGCUUUCCAAAUUUGAUUUAAGAUGAGUCUCAUCAUGAACCAGAGUGUGAUAAAGUCCUGUUUCCGGUCCUGUCUUUGCAGUCAGUCCAACUGUUAUUGUACAGUCCUUGUCAAAGAAAAAAGUGUCAUGGCUGUGGUUCCUGUUUGUGGUUCUUACUUAUUUUUACCCACUCCUCACUGUCACAGGUGGAUGCCAGCGCAUCUUUCAGGAUGAACCCAUUAGCUGCUCUCAGCAUCGACCGCAGUGCUCUGAUAGGAGAAAGCUUCCGCCCCCAUGGAGGGCUCCUCUACCCAGGCAUCAAUCCUCUCUCCGCUGAUAAACCUCAGGAGGCUGGCUCCUCUCUCCCACUGAGCUAUGAGCUCCUCUACAAACCAAACAUGGCACUGUUGGAAAGCCAGAAGUCUGCAAAUGGAUAUGUUGGACUGUAUAAGAGCCAACCCCCAGGCCUGCAGAAACCCUUGGUUGUCCCUGUUGUCGGAGGGGAUGGCUUGGGGCUGGACCGCAGAGUCCUCACAAAUGACAAGCAGUCAGAACUGGGUCUAAAUGGCGCGAACAGUUUCCUGAAAUUGCCAUGGAUUAGCCCUUACGCUGAUGCAACGAUGUAUCCCUUUCUAGACAUGGCAUACAAGGCCUCCUUCCUGUCCCAGCCAUCGCCAUUCAUUCACCAGCAGCUGGCAUAUCAGUCUCUGUGUGCUGCAGGGGCAGGAGGCAGCACACCUGGGGAGAACAGACUUUUCUACUUGCCCCAUUAUGCACAGACACAUAUGUCAUCUCCAUUAGGCCCUCCAAUCAGAUUCACUGCUGCCACUCCAGCGUCUGCCAUCCUUACACCCCUGCCUCACCGCCAAGACAAGGCCUUACAGGGCCUUGGUCCUCAAGUACAUCAGGAACAGUCUGCUUUCAGCACUAGUCCACAGAUCCACCAGGAACCCCAGCCUAAAACUGAUCAAAACACUGAGCGACAGCAUGGCGGCUGUGGCAGCAGCAGCAAGUCCAACCAGUCAACUUCCUCCAAAAACAUGGUAAACAGAAACAGUGGAAGAGGUGAUGCUCCUGUUAGCAGUUUAAGUAGCACUGCUACCUCAGAGUCUCCACAAGUUACCUAUCCCUCACCCCUCCGUACCACGACAGACUCCCAGAAGUUGCUUAGGAACUCUUCCACAUCUUCAUCCUCACUUUCAGUAUCUCAUCCUUUCUACGUAAGUAACCUGAGCUCAGAGCUCUGCACCGCAGUUCAGUCAGGCAGCAACCAAACCAAAGAUGCCCACUGUGGUGCAGACAGGUGUACAUCACCAGGAAAUAUACCUGUAGACAGAGCUGUACCUCAAACAUCUACCAAAAACCCCAGAGAACGACCUCCAGAUCUUGCCAACCAAGAUUCAGAGGCCCUCUUAAAUAGAUCCCCAUCCCAUUUAGAGACUUUGGCCAAAUUGGGGUACCUACCAUCACCUAGUUAUGGGUUGUUAGCCAAACAGGACCAGUCUGUAAAAAUGGGCAUCUCCACAUCUAUCAACAUGACAACAAAGACUCCAGACCGUCCUGAAAUAGUCAGUACAGUGUCUUCUUCUUGGGUAGUUCCACAUCCUUCCCUGCCAGUGAGUUCUGACCACAUCCAAGGACUUAAGCUUACAAAAAACAAAAGUUCAGACAAUGUUCCUCGUCACACACAGCCUCAGAAUUCACCUUGCCUCAUCACUGAGGUACCUGGCACCCCAAGCCCUACCCCAGGGCGAGGACCCUCCAUUUCACCACCUACCCCUAACACUAAAGCUGAAUGGUCUCAAGUCCCACGGACUGAGUCAGGCAGUUCAAACUGUGCAGAACAGAGCAUCACCUCCUCAAAAGCUCAUGAGAACAGCCUCCAUCAGCAGCAACAGCAAACUUGUUUGCUAAAUGGGAGUCAAACUUAUGGAGACUCCUACCUUCCUCCUGGUCUGGGUUACACAAAUCGCUACAUACCAUACUCAGUUGCUGAAAGUAUGUCCUUGCAGCGCAUGACCACAUCAGGGAAAGGACCAGCAUGCUCCCACCCCCUGCUGCUUGGCAGCAGCAACUUUUAUCAACCUCGUCUUGCACCUGAUCAUGGUUCUCCAUACCGAGGACAUUCGAACAAGAGUGACUUUACAACAUGCAAGAGUUCUCAGGUGGCUCCUCUACCUGUUUCCUCAUACCCAGAUUUUGAUCGACUUGAAAUCAAGGAAAGAAUCAAGAGAGCAGAGCGGUACAGGGAUCAGGAAAGGCUGGCCAUUGACAAGAAGGACAAAAAUCAUUCUGGGAAGGCCUCAAGCAAAACCCUGACUCCUGCCAGGGAUGAUUUUAUUUGCAUUGACCUGGUGCAUGAUGAGACAGAUGAUGAAUUUCCUGACAAGAAAAACAGCUCCCAGACUACCAAUAGAGAAGAUUUCUCCAAAAACAAAAUAGGUAGCAGUGACCAUGUCAGAGAAAAACCACCUUGUUCUUCAGGAUCCCAUCCCAGUCAAGAAUUGGAGCAGAAACAAAGCUCACAACCCCAGAUACCUCUAACACAGCAUCCUUAUCCCAGCUCUUCUCCUGUUCCUUCCUCCAGUGAGGAGAUCCCUCAGGAGAUCCCAAUAGAGGAGGACUCUCUCAGUCCAUUCCCUGACAUUCCAGAAGAGCAGACAAUGUGCUGUGCCAGGACUGCUCCGGAUCAGUUUUCUAGAAAAUGUAAACUUGGACCCUCUAGCGGUGCUGGGGACAUGGUCAUUGGUGUCAUUGGUGGCGGGGACAAUGGUUUGAAUGGCAAGAGUGAUGAAGCAAAGGAAGAGACCUCAGCCAAGAAAAAUGUGGACUUCUCAAGAAAUGGGGACUUACUGACAAGUCUUUCAAGGGUAGAAACUGGUUCCAGUGACUCUAGCAACACCACAGGAGCAGCAAUGUGCACAGGCAAUUGUCAGAGAAGUCCAGCUCAUGGGGACAGUGAUCUCACAGAUGGUCCAGUUUGCAGCAGCAAGGGACCAGUGCAUAGAGAAUUUUGUCCCCGGAUAACAGAAUGGAGUAGUUCAAAUCCCAGAGUUCCAGUCGCAGGAGCCCUGAACCACAGUGCCCCAGUGUGUUGCAGUGUAAUCCCGAGAGAUCUUAAGUGCAACGGCAGAGAUGGUCAAAGUCUGAAAUUUGUCAGUAGAGAUUUUGUUUGUCCAUGUUGCAAAAAUCUGGCUCUUAGGACUCCAACUUGUGAACCCACUAGUUUAAGCUGUCAGAUCCAGAAUGGGGGAAGCAACAAUCCCAGAUCCUCCUGUUGUGAAAACCACAAUGCCACAAGCUGUGGAAACAUCAGUCUUGGGGCUCCUGCAUGUGGAAAGAUGUGUUUCAGUUGCCCAGAUUUUAGGCGUAACCUCUCCAAAGGGCAGUCUUUGGGAAAUAAUCAGUCCUGUGGAAAUAACCCCAAUCCCUCUGUUCUGGGCUGUCAGCACCUUUCACCUCGUAAUCCAACUGAUGGAGACUCUUCUAGGAUUCCUGCAGAUGGAACUCCAGAUCCACAAGGCAACCAAAACCUCAGAGCUGAGGGCCUUUCCUGUGAUGAGACUGAACCAAAACCAGGCCUCAGCACUGAAUUUUCUAAGGACGAUAUGAACGAGAUCCAGGAGUAUAUGGAUCAACUGACAGAUGAUGACGAGGGUCUUGGCUGUGGCAAAAACCGGCGCUCUGGCCUCACCAAGCGGAUCGCUAAUUCCUCUGGCUAUGUGGGUGACCGGUUUAAAUGUGUGACCACAGAGCUCUACGCCGACUCCAGUAAGCUGAGCCGCGAACAGAGAGCACUCCAGGUAAGGUCCAGAUUUUAAUUCAUAUCUUCUUUAGUUAGUGAAAGGGAUAUUCUGGUGUAAAAUUAAUUUAGGGUCAAACACACCGUAACACCGAGUUAGACACCCUGUCGAGAGAUGAAUGUUGCUGACCGCUUGCUUCUCUGGUCUCGGUCACGCCGAGUUAACGGUGAAUCACCAUGUAAUAUGCAAGCUAAAGUUAGAGUUAGCCAUCUGCUAUUAGCCUUGCUGCACUGUUAGCCGUGUCAGUAACGGUAGAAUAAACAACAGUACACAUUAGUGACUGAGCUACUUCUGUUACUGAGGCAGCUGCAUGUCUCCAGAUGAGACCGGAGCGGAAAUGAGUAACGACAGUUAAGACGCACCGAUCGGCGGCAGUGGCGGCGGGGGGUGGGGGUGGGGGGGUUAUUGAAAACGCUUUUCUGGUCCGAGUUUAAUCAGUCGGUCUUCCUGUCUGCGUGAAGAGCAGUAGCCUACAGUAUAUCUACAGUAUAUUGUAUACUGUAGACUACAGUAUAUACUGUAGCUAUCUACACCAUAUUUAAUAUAUAUACCGUAUUUAUUUUUUUAUAACUUCAUUUUUGAAAUUUAAAAAUCGGCCAAUUAAUCGGUAAUCAGAUUUUUUCCCCCCUAAUAAUUAGUAUUGGCAUUGGACCCAAAAAAUCCAUAUCCUCAGGCCCUAAUAUGUCCUGUUGAUGAAGUUAGGUGCUGUUCUGAGCAUUGUUUGUGGCUAUAGAGUGGCGUUUUGGUUGAGCAUGUGGCUCUCUGUAUUUCUAUCCUGCGGUCGUUACUAAAGUUGAUAUAACUAGAGAAGAAAGAGGUCGACAACAUUCAUCUCUGGAGGGGGUGUCUAACUCGGUGUUACGGUGUGUUUGACCCUAAAUUAUCCCUUUUAAUCAGUGAACUCUGGUAUACUUUGGGGCUGAUUGAUCCCUAUAGCUAUGUUAGUACGGCUGACCAUUAUAUCCUCAUACAUUAGAGUGUCUGCAAUGCAAUUCUCAGCCUAAACAAUAGGUGUACUGCAGUUUGCUGUACGAGCAGUUUCUAGUCCUGGCUCCCGUUUUUGGCUUGUUGUUGAAACCACGGCAGCUCUGAAUCUUCUAUCUGAGCAUAUUGUUCUUAAGAUCUGAUGAUAUAUCCCCUCACAGUGGUGAAUUAUUGCUAAUAGUCUGGUUUGUCUAGCUCAUAAAGAGGCAUCACUGUUGAUUUUAGUCUGUUUCAUAACCAGCGAAAGACUUCUCACAGUUACUUCAAAGGAGCGGAAUCAAAAGAUGAUGUUCUGCAGGAAACAGAUAUGAUAUUGAAGUUCUCACUAACAUUUUAAAGUCGACUCUCUAAUUUCUCAGCGGGCGAUGCUGCGCUUCUCUGAGCUGGAACUGAAGGAGAAAGAGGGAGGGAGAGGAAGCGAGGAAGGAGAAGAGGCAACCACAGCGGCGGCGAGAGAGACGGAGCUGGCAGACAGCCAACACAGAGACACGGGAAGGGAGGAAGAAAAUGAAGAGGAGGAGGAGGAAGGGAAGAAGAGAGAGGGAGGAGGAGGAGGAGGAGGAGGGGAAAACUGCCAGCAGAAUGAAGGGAGGAGGGGAGGAGAUAGAACUCCCUCUGCAGCCGCCGCUGAGGCAGCGAGAGGUAAGAGGAUUUCCGGAGAGCUCUGCAGGAAGGCGUUCACGGUCACACACACAUAUCCCCACACACACACACACACACACACUCACACACACACAGGCUUGUUUUUGCAGGGUUGACUUCACUCGCUUGGAGUUGCAUGCUUUCCUUGUCUUUGUUUCUGCGCUGUGUGUGUGUGUGUGUGUGUGAGUGUGAGUCUGUGUGUGUGUGUGUGAGUGUGUGUGCGUGUGUGUCUGUGUCUGUGUCUGUGUGUGUGUGUGUGCGAGUGUGUCUGUGUUGAACUCUGGGUGCACUUUGCUCUCUUCAAGCUGAGCUCAGCGCUGCUCUCGUUUUUUCGAGGAAGCCGAGAAAAGACAGACGAACUUUCUGCUUCUUGAAAGUCAAAUCUACUCAGAAACUCACUGAUAAAUCAGCUGAUUUACUCAUUAGUUUUUUCACUCAUUAUCACACUCGUUAAACCUAAACUUUUAGCCUUUUGCCUUUUUUUUGAGAGGACAGGAUAGUGGAUAAAUCAGGCAUGCAAGGUGAUGACCUCCAUACAUGUGAUUAACGCCUAGACGGCUUGGCUACCAGCACCCAUGGAGUUUGACUGGUUGUGCGGCCGAUCUACCUACCCGCAGCAUCAGUGCUGUCUGAGAGUGUUUCCAUCAACCACUGAUAUUCAAACAUCCCUGUCGCUACCCGAUCUGUCCCGGAAACCUUCCUCUCUCUUCGUAUUUCAAUGCAUUUUCAUAAGCUAUUUCUACCUACCCGAUCCGUACAAGUGCAAAUAAAAACUUUAUUUAUCUGGUCAAAAUUAUGGUUCUCUGACUUUUUAAAGUAUCAAGGGGGGAUUUAUUUCAUUUAUUUUAUUAAAUUAAAUGUAUUAACAAGUAGCCUACACAUUAUGGACAGUGAAUUUCAGUGUUUUUUAUACAGCGUUUCAAUUUUAACACUGAAAUAUUCACAUUCAUUCAAACGUUUUAUAACUACGCUGCAAUUUUACAAUUUAGCUGCAGUAGGAACCUUUUAAUUGUGAAACUGGGCGCCAUUUUCUUGACUUUCCUGCGCUCUGCUUCUGUCGGGGGAAACACUCCGUUCAGGAGAAAAGAAAAGCGGAUGCCAGGGAGUCUGCAGUUGCUCAACAGCACAACGUCUCUGAGUGUUUUGUGCACAAGACCAGGCAACUAGAUUUCCAUGAAGAUGACCUUUGAUGGACUGUUGCCAUGGCGAGUAAUGGGGUCUGUAACGACGAGAGACGGAGAAACAGGAAAAUAUGGAAAGAGAGCUAGAGUGGGGUGAUGGGAAAAGGAGGAGGAUAAAGAUGGAAAAAUGAGCCAAAAGGAGAAGAGAGAGAGAGAGAGAGAGGUUGAAGGUCACUGUAAAUAUACAAAGACAAGCCUACGAGAUGAAGGCUGCAGGUUUGAAUCCAAGGUGGUGCAAUCUGCAUUAUUUUUCCCUCAGAUAAUCAUGAGUAAAUACUUUUGUCCUGAUCUCUAGGUGAAGAGGAGGAUGAAAACAGGGAGGAGGAAAAAAAGGAUCUUCAGGAGGGGGAGAAGAAAGAGGAGAGGAUUUUCGUUUCGCAUCCACCACAAGAAAGAUUGUUUUCCGCAGCCAGAGGCGUCUUUGAGGGAAACACCUCCACACCGUCCUCCACGCCUGGACUAACAGGCUCAAAUCUGAGCACGACGAUAAACCGGAGGCGUAUUUUCAGUCUGGAGCCGUUUCACCAGAGUAGCAUCAGCAGCUGUCGACUGAAGAGAGGGAGGGAGGAGGAAGAGGAGGAGGAGGAGGAGGUGGAGGAGGGGAAGCAAGACAAGAAGACAAAGUUAACUAACGGUAAAGGCUUUCAGAGUGAAUCCAUCAUAAUACAAUCAUGAGUUGCCGACCUUCGUUGCUCCACAGUCACAUUAAUAAAUGUGUUUCUUAAUCAUUAUUUGGUUGUUUGAUCGUCUUUCUGUGGUUUUCCGUCACAGACUCGUCUCAGGAGGAUGUGAAGAAGCUGAGGGUUUGCAUCGAGCUUAACGGCCUCAGACUCAACAAACCCCGCCUUCCCGGGGAGCUCAACCAAUGGCUGCCUUCCAAUCAGAGGUCAGCAGAGCCAGUCAUAAAGUUCAGAAUGGACGUCCCUGCAAUCAGAGGGAGGUCGGAGGUCAACAGAGGCUGGCGUGACCCGACAUUCAUGAGAAAGGACGAUCCGAGAGGUAAAGAAAAUCAAAUACUAAAUUCGUGAAUAUGGCGAAUGCGAUCUCAUGCUCCUCGAUGUUCAUGUCAUGUACGGUGUGAGCUGUACUGAUUGUAGCUCUGUACCUUUAUCACAGUCAGAUAAAUCCACCACUAAACCAGCUAAUUCCUGGAAAACGCACUUUUCUCCUUUUUAAUGCCGACUAUUGAGGGAAAUUCCUUUUCAAUAUAUACCUUCAUCGUUUUAUCGCCCAGCAUUAACUAAGAUGUUUUCAUGGAUUUUCAAAGUCCAGUUUCAGUCGGACUCACGCAACGAGUGGAUUUUAUACCCAUGGUGAAAAUGCACCAACUCAGGCAGAAGUUUUUUGGAAAGCUUUUACUCUGAAGGGGGCUUUUAUUGUGAAGGCAGCAGAUGAAAUUUCUCUUCGCUUCUCUCAGCUGUGAUCAGUCCUCCUCCUCCUCCUCUUUUCCUCUCUGUGAUUUUCGGAGCUCACGAGUCGGAUCACUCAGCCUGUGUGUGUGUUAUGUGACACGUGUGUGCGUGCGGUUGUGUGGUUGUGAACCUGUGGCGUGCUAAUAGCCGUCUAACAUCUCCCAGAUGGAGCUGUCCCACAUACACACACUCACUCACUCACACACACACACACUCUCGCAGUGAUGGGGUGUGUUUGCGUGCAGCCUCCUCUUCCUUUUUUCCUCCUGUGUUUGCAGAAAGCUGCUUUCAGGGUCUCCACGUGUUUCUGAGAGGACGUCACUUUUAACCGAACGGAAGAAAACCCAUCAAAGUGGUUUUAGAUCAAGUGAAGUGCAUAAAGAUGAGCACUGUGCUAAGUUUUUAGAUUAAAGCCAAUCUUCAUUCGUGUUCCUCUAUACUUUAAGGAGGAAUAAACUUCAGCAAGCUGUUUAAGACGACCUGAUGAGCUGGGAUUCUGUUUGAUAAUGAUUUACAUAAUUAGAGAUGAAGUCUUGAAAUGAACGCUUUAAUUUUAGAUAAAAUGUAGGAGUAAUAUAAGGAGUUUGGAGGACUGGAAACAGACAGCAGACACAGGUUUACAGCUGAGGAAGAGCUUAUGUUGGUGACUAAAAUUCAAGAUUUAAGUCCCUUUUUAUGUGAAGAAAACAGGUGGGACACCAUCAACUCACUCAGAGGGCUUUUAUUUUGAAGAGCUGUGAAAAAAAACAUGAAUAAUAAAGAGGGGAAAAUGGAAACUGCAGUUCUUCAUUUGUCCACUAGAGGCUGUCUCCUUAAGUGAGUCAUUUCCCAUAGAGCCCCAUGUUAAAAUGUUCAACUGUACAGCAGAGUUAAACAUGUUUGCAGCCUGGUUUCUGCAGCUCUUUUCUUUGGUGGCUGACAAGGACUAUCAUAAAAAAAACAAAAAAAAAUUAGUUAAAAAAAAAAAACAGGCAAAAACAAACAAGCUGCACGAACACAGAAGUAGAAAAUUAGUUUUUAACCUUGUGAGAAACUUGAAAUUAAUUUAGAGACAAACACACCCUAACACCAAGUUAGACACCCCCUCCAGAG